UUUCUUCUAUUUAUUUCCUUUAUUCUACUGGGGUAUGUUCGUUUUCCCCUUCCCGAAAAUAAUCAUUCCCCCGUUUGUGUUCUGUCCAUCGAAACCGUUCCAUCAUUCCCACUGUGCUGACCAUCAUUAUCAUCCACCGCGCUUAGCAAUCCCUUUCCCGGUGGCAGUUUUAUCCACAUCAACCCAAAUCCCAGCCAUCAUACAUCAACGCAUCAACCACCGAAAUCAGUUCCAUUUGGACAGUUCGUGGAUAAAAAUGUACCACGGCUAACGCUCCGUGGAUUUGUCACCUCAUCGUCUCAGUUCGACCAGCCAAAGUGUUCUUUUUUUUCUUGAAAAAAGUUUAAGUGAACUAUCACCACCAUGCAUACGCCAGGAUCAUCCACAUCCGGUUACGCACUGCUGCUAAUCGUGCAGGUGGUGUUUAUAAUCGUGUUCGGAUUCUGCACCGAUUAUGCAAAGGAAUUAUUGCCCGUUAAAAAUGAAACUGCCCGAGCAGCCACAUCCGAACCCGAGGAGUCUAAUCUUCGCAAAUAUCCCCAUUUCCAAGACAUACACGUGAUGAUCUUUGCCGGUUUUGCAUUUCUGAUGACCUUCCUGAAGCGGUACGGUUUUAGUGCAUCGGGACUUAAUCUGCUGGUGGCGUCCCUCGUCGUCCAGUGGGCUAUCAUAAUGCGCGGCUGUUACGAGAUGGAGGAUGGCAUCAUACCGAUCUCGUUGCAGAAUCUGAUCGGUGCGGACAUUGCGGCCGCAGCCGUACUCAUCAGUAUGGGUGCACUUUUGGGUCGCACCACUCCUAUACAGCUGCUUGUAAUGGGCAUCCUGGAGAUCGCGAUCUUCGCAGGGAAUGAGUAUCUGCAGCUAGAGCUCGUUAAGGCGGCCGAUGUUGGCGGUUCAAUAACGGUGCACGCUUUCGGCGCUUACUUUGGGCUGGCGGUAAGCUUUAUGCUACGUCCAAAGAAAGAACUGGCCAAGCCUGGUCCGCUGGAAGGUUCGUCAUACAACUCGGACAUUAGUGCCAUGGUCGGAACGAUCUUUUUGUGGAUCUUCUGGCCCAGCUUCAAUUCGGCACUGGUCGACGGAGCUGAUCAGGAACGGGCCAUUAUCAACACAUAUCUCUCGCUCGCCGGUGCAACGGUCGCCACAUUCGUGCUGUCGGCGCUGGUAUCGCACGAACAUAAACUCGACAUGGUGCAUGUACAAAAUUCCACCCUUGCCGGUGGUGUUGCCGUAGGUUCCAUCUGUAACCUGCUGAUCCACCCGUUCGGUGCACUGAUCGUCGGUGUUAUUGCAGGGGUGAUUUCCGUGCUGGGUUAUCGGUACCUCACGCCUGCCAUACUAUCCAACCUACGUAUUGCGGACACAUGUGGUGUUCACAACCUGCACGGUAUGCCCGCAGUACUGUCGGCCAUUUUCUCCGCCAUCUAUGCAACGUUCGCCAGUUCUGAAACGUACGGAACCUCGUUGGCUACGAUUUUCCCCGCCAUGCAGAAUCCUAAUGCCACCGGUCACGCUGGAGCGGAAAUGGAACCGCUCGAAUACGUCAUUGGGGGUUACGGUCGUUCCGGAGCUAAGCAGGGUGCCUUCCAACUCAUGGCAAUUGGGUUGACGAUGGCGAUCGCAAUAGUUGGCGGUUUACUAACGGGAUUGAUACUCAAGUCACCCUCAGUUCGUCAGUUGGAAGAACAUGAACUACACAAAGAUGAUGCAUUCUGGGAAACGCCAUCGGAGGAAUCUAAGAAUACUACAGACACAAACGAAUCCUCAGUAAAUCAGUAGAGUGGACCAAAAACAAAAGUACACAAAAGACGAAAAAUAUUCAGCCGGCACUAUAACGCGUUCGAUACUUUAAACAAAUCGAAUUAAAAUAAACCACUCAUAUAUACAAAACAA